AUGCAAACUAACAAUAUAGAAUACCGAGAAGCUUUCGCUUUAUUCGAUAAAAAAGGUACCGGUCAAGUGCCAAGGGAAUCAUUAGGAGAACUUCUCAGAUCUUUAGGUCAAAACCCCACUCAGGCCGAGGUGACGGAAUUGGAAAGGCAAGUUGGGGCGACAUUUGGAUAUGAUCAAUUUCUUCAGGUUUUGAAUAGACCAGACGGAUGGAAACCAGCCGGUACAGCGGACGAAUUUAUCAAAGGUUUCCAAGUGUUCGAUAAAGCGGGAAACGGAUUCAUCGGUGCUGGUGAAUUACGUUACGUCCUCACUCAACUCGGUGAAAAAAUGUCAGAUGAAGAAGUUGAUGAACUUCUCAAAGGGUUUCCCGUACAGGACGGUCAAAUCAAUUAUCAUUCUUUCGUCAGAUCCAUUCUUGCCCAAUGA